AUGCUUUUCCCCUUCUUUCUUUCAUCCCCCUUCGGACAACUAUCAGCAGCAAUCAUUGAGCUAUGCUCCGGCGACGAUAGCCAGGCUCAUCAGUUUUCUCGCGCCCGCAAUGCUCGCCUGAUAAUGAGUAAUAUCAUCCCCGAAAUGCAAGAUCCUGCCACUGAACCAUACUGCAUUUGGUAUCCAGAACCUGCAUCGGAAGAAACCUACCGCGAGCUUGCCCGUCGGUAUCCAUCGAUGCGCUAUCAAGUCGGCCGCGCAUGUGCUGCUGCUUGGUAUACAGAUCUUUACAAAGAAUUGGAUCUUCUGCCAGGCGUAUCUAUUGCUGAAGAAGCCCGCAAUGCUGCCGAAGACGCCGACAUCUACAAAAUCAUUAUGUCGGCCCCUCAAAGAUGGGCUGUUAGGGAUGAUUUCACUCGAACGGUUAAUCUUAAAAACCCACAGACACCCGCGUUUCUAAACGGUAAUAUGAAGCCCCGACGGGCUUUAGGCCGGCGUGUUCCUCCUCCUAAGAACUUGCCAGAUACAACUGCGGAUGAUAUUGACAUUGAGGAAGAUGGAUAUAUUGGGUUGAAAGAAAAAAUCAGCAAAGUAGAUCGCGAUGCGAUACUCGGCCCAGGUGCGAAACUCGGCCCAGGAGACUCGGAGCAUUUGUGGAUGCCUCUUCCGCCUGAUCUUCCAGUUCUUGACAAAUUCCUUCCAACGCGAAUGGCUGCAUGGGAGGGUAACGUGGAUAGAUACGCACGGUUGAUGCACCCACGGAGGCUCAGAACGGAAACUGAAUACAAUUGUAUUCUUCGUGGGAUUUAUCACCAUACAAGUUUUGCCCGAUGGUGGGCCUAUCAGCUAGGAACUAACUCUAGGCGAAUCAUUCUCCCAGGUAAAUUGCUUAGCGAAGGCAAUGAGCGCGAGUGUCGUGAGAUUCGCACUGCGAUAAAUGCUCGCAAAAUCAUGAAUAAUGAUAUCUCUGACCUUGACGAUGACUCUGACUGCCUCCCUUGGCUUAUCUGA